GAUGGUUUGUUGUUGUUCUGCACACGGGUUGAGGAGAUGGGAAACUAGAGGUGAGGAAUUCACCACAGAGGCACAGGAAAGAGACAGAGCUUUCUGACUGACUGGGAGUAAAGCCAAAGCCUAUGGAUCUUCAACAGUUUGCAGUUUAGAAGCGUGAAGCGUAUCACUCAUCGUCCUUCACUGGAGGAAGAAGACGAAACUUCUAAGCCUGUGUGUCUCUACCAGAACUUCCCACACGGCUGUCUGAAGAAGAGAAAUAGAGGGAAAGAGAGAGAGGAACGAAGAGCAAAAACCAGCCUGCCUUGGAAAGGGAAGAAGGACGGUGUCCUGAGAGGGAGGUGGCUAUGCGCGAGGAGGUUUCCUGCGCCAACUCCCCUGAGGGGGGGCUGGGGGCCAGCGAGGAGGAGCUGGAGAGGGGCUCCAAGAAGAGUGGGCCAACGGGGGGGCGAAAGCGGGUGCCGUACCCCAAGAAGGACAGUUUGGGUCGGGCCGAGGAGAGGGCCGUGGUCAGCGGGAGCCCCAACUGCCUGGUUCCGUCGGGGCCAAAGCGGCAGAAGAAGCAACAGAGCUCCCCCACGUCGGUGGUGUGCGUGGCCCCAUCUAUGCUGAGCUCCAGCGGCCUCGGUUUGAGCCCGGGCGGCGAGCCCUUCGAGGACCUGCACACGCAGCGAGUGAUCGCCAAUGUUCGCGAGCGCCAGCGCACGCAGUCGCUGAACGACGCCUUCGCCUCGCUGCGUAAGAUCAUCCCCACUCUGCCAUCCGACAAACUUAGCAAGAUCCAGAUCCUGAAACUGGCGUCACGCUACAUCGACUUCCUGUACCAGGUGCUGCAGAGUGAUGAGAUGGAUGCCAAGCUGGCUAGCUGCAACUACCUGGCCCACGAACGCCUCAGCUACGCCUUUUCCGUCUGGAGGAUGGAGGGUGCCUGGGCAAUGUCUGCCAGCCACUAGUGUCCCCUCUCCAUCCUGCUCUGCGCGUCCUGCUCUGUCUUAACCUUACUUUCUCUGCCCCUUCCUUCUUGUACUGCCUAACCCCACCAUCCCUGGCCUCCCCUAACCCACUAUCUCUGUACCCUGUAACCCCACCAUCCCUGGCCUCCCCUAACCCACUAUCUCUGUACCCUGUAACCUCACCAUCCCUGUCCUCCCCUAACCCACUAUCUCUGUACCCUGUAACCCCACCAUCCCUGUCCUCCCCUAAACCACUAUCUCUGUACCCUGUAACCCCACCAUCCCUGGCCUCCCCUAACCCACUAUCUCUGUACCCUGUAACCUCACCAUCCCUGUCCUCCCCUAACCCACUAUCUCUGUACCCUGUAACCCCACCAUCCCUGUCCUCCCCUAAACCACUAUCUCUGUACCCUGUAACCCCACCAUCCCUGUCCUCCCCUAACCCACUAUCUCUGUACCCUGUACCCUGUAACCCCACCAUCCCUGGCCUCCCAUAAACCACUAUCUCUGUACCCCCUAACCCUACCAAUCCUGGCCUCCCCUAACCCACUCUCUCUGUACCCUGUAACCUCACCAUCCACGGCCUCCCUUAAGCUACUAUCUCUGGCCCUCCUUCAAGCCAAAACACAGUGUCACUGUUUCCUCCUAACCCACUACCUCCCUCUCUUCAUUAUUCUCUAUUCUCUACUGUUCUUCAAACUGUUCUUUGCUUACCCUCCCAUCUCAUUCCUCUAAUCGUCCACUGCUCCAUCACUCACCUUACCCACUGCCCCAUCACUCAACUUACCCACUGCCCCAUCACUCAACUUACCCACUGCCCCGUCACUCCCACUGUACCCAUUCACCCUUCGACCUUUGCCCCCCCAACCCCCCUUUCCACCUCAAAUGCCCCUGUAUGCCGCCUAACAAUUUAGCCACAACUCCACAACUCUAUGGUACACCCCUGCAGGACAAGACACCUAACGAAUGGACUGCUCUUUACAUCUGAAAAGGUCUGUCGUGUGUCGUCCCCCCC